AUUUCGGUCUCGCAGAAGCAUUCGGUGCGUCUAGGUGGGUUAAAAAAAGAAGCGAGAUCAGUAUAAACCUAUUCUGCCCUCGGAGAGCAUUGUAGACGUUUCCGGUUCGAGAUAAUUAGUUAGAUGAGGCCGGUAGUUGUCUUACCUGUGUCAUCGGUUUCGAUGUUGUGAUGCCUCAAAUUUUCAUCAUACUGCUACUCUGUCCUCGAAGUCAUGGAUAGCCUCCCCUGACACAUCCCCUCCGCACAGGUCGUAAAGUAGAAACAUUAACUGCACCUGCAGUUGUCUUUAAGAUGUAAUCUUUCUUGUUGACCAAGAUUAGGAACGACUCAUACAUUAGGAUUGCCAUUGCCUAUGAUAGCUGUUCUUGUGAAAACGAAUUGAAGCGAACUUUUGUUACAACAACGUUGUGUCUUCAACAUUUUCACUUUGUAGGGGCAGAAGUAUUGUGCUUGCAGUGCCUUGGUCCAUUCCAUCAUAGUUGUUCGUAGUUAGGGAUUAUGAUAGAGACCCGUAAAGAACAAGUACAUCACGACUACCUGUUCAAAGCUUCCAAAGGCGGCUUGCUUUUCUUCAGUGAUAUUAAGUGGACAACUGCGGCCUCCACAUCCAGGAGCGCUAUCAAAGAAGUGCCUUUUUCACGAAGACGAAAAUGCGAACAGCCUCUAGAAGACGGCUGGUCUGCCUAACUUCGCUCCUCUGGAUCUGUGAGGUAUUAUCAUCCUCAUCCUCCGACAUUGAAGAGGGCAAUGCCAAAGUUGCCGACAAGAAGAGGAGGAGGGAAUCAAGAACAAAACGUCCCGACAAGAUAAGGACUAACUACAGAGGCUCAGCUCGCUCCUAUCUGCAACAUAGACGUACUAGUGACGCAGCGUCGUACCACUCAAGAUCUUCAUGGUUCGAAAUGGGGUGGACUCCCGCACCAAGCAACGAGCCAGACAGCAGUUGGUGCGCGAAGGUUGAGCUAAAGGGACCCCGAGAGCCUCCCUUUCCUAGCAUGAGGUACUAGAGCAUAUUAUAAUAUAUAUAUAAAUAUAGAUUUUAAAGGUCCACCUAAAAUUAGUGCUUACACUAUAAAUACUAAUACAUAUGAUAACUCUCUUCGACCUCGUACUUGUUGAAGAACCUCCAACAAUUGCAUAUUUUUGUUAGAUUGAUACCAUAGAUAGAUUAUUUGUUUGAGGCUGUAGCUAAUGCAUUUUCGACUGCAUCCCUGAAGCGUAUGGAAGAGAAUUCCAGGGCGAUACUCUGCCAUACUUUUCAAGGAUGCAGCUGGAUGAUGAAUUAUGGAGAGCGCUAAAGCGAUUUAAGUAGAUGAGAAGUAGAGACUCUGACUCACUCUAAUUAAUGUCUGAGCAAUGUUGUUCGUUGCUAAGUUUACUCCAAUGAUUUAUUCCCCUUCAUCAAGUUAUUAUAGAAUAUACAAUGACUUCUUUCGUUGCUGGUGCUGGGCCAGACGACCGUGUGCUUAUGGGGUAAGCGCUCUUAUCAGCAACAUUCAAGAAUAAUAUUUAUAUCUACUGCUACAACCGUCCCCUAGUUUCAAUCAUCCAUGAUGAAUUCACUAUCAAAUUAAGGGGUUCCCUAGCUGCUUGGAACGAAGGAUCGGCGUUCAUUCAUUUGGGUGAUAAAUCUAUUGGUUUAAAGACAGAGGAGCAGCAGAGGAUCGCAGAGCAACAGUAUGCACAUGAUCUCGAAUUAUUAAGGCCUGUAUCUUGAUUUUUUCCGAAGAAGUGAGAAGUGCUGGAAAUCGAUUAAAGCACCAAUGUGUGUGAGCUUCCUACUUUACCUUUAGUUACCGGUGCUAUUAUUAGCCUAGAAAAGAGGGAACGAUGCAUUUGCAGUGCGCCUCCCAUGGCACUCAGAUUUCGUGAGGAGAAGGAGAAGGUAAUUUUCAGCCUCGGACGCUUGAUUGAUCGCAAUCUACAUUUUACAUCGUGAGGAGUAAUGACAAUGCUCUAAGCAAAUCAUUUCUUUGUGUAUUUUACAUGAUCACGGAAGCUGUAGCUCUAAGAUUUUACGGUGGCUUUCGAGAGUUGGCUGCGGGAGGCACGGGCCUUGUACACUACGCAGCUAUCGCGUCUUUUGACGGCGCGGAUGAACUCUGAUUCUCACAGUUUCCAAGAAAAUUGAUGCAUAAAAAUCACAAUUUGAAUCUUCUAUACUGAAAUUGAUUCUUGUUCAUGUUCUUGUUGAUUUUUCGUCUAUGUUUGUCGAUGAAUACAAUUCAUUGAUGGCUGUGAAGAAAAAUGUCUUACAGGUGUAGAGAGGCACUAUGUCUGCACCAGGGGAAAGCAUAACAAAGAGACCAAAAUGAACUGAACAAGCUGACCUGGCGAUUUUUCAUGCCUUAUUAGAAGAGAUAAAGCCGUACAAUGGCAGGUGGGUGGAGAUGCACAUCAUGUGCACGACUGAAAAGAGAAG